AUGUAUAACAACAGCCUCGUAGCCCUAUCACCUGAUCAGUUCCAAGGCCUGUCCAAACUGGAAGAACUGUAAGUAAACAUUCGAUAGAAAUCAUACCUGACAGCACAAGUAACUAUUCUUGACCAAAUAUGUAUUUAACCAACUUUAAUUGAUAUUCAUUCGCUCGCCGAAUUGUUCAGCUUUUUUUUCUACUCUCGGUUGGAGGACACACAACUGCAAAAACAAGGAGGGAGUAACUCUCGAAAAUACAAGUAUUCAUUAUCAUUUUAGUUUUACAGAGGGUCAGUAGAGCGAAUAGACCUUUCUUUCCUCCUCCCACCACUUUUUCCCAAAGUUCACUAAAUUUUUAAGCUAGUGUACUUUGAUUGGAUAAACCUCAGAAACCUUAGCAGAAUUCUGAAAAAGAUGCUUUGUCAUCCAUCCAAGAUAGCAACUGCCACCUCGGAUUUCUCCAGAAAAAGACAGAAAAAAAAGAGAAUUAGAGAUGUAGCAAUUCUUUCCCUCACCCCCGAAAAAAUCAACAGAUCAGUGAAACAAUGCUUUUAUAGAAGUACAAAUACUAGCAUGCACUAAGUUUUGACAUUUUCAGCAAGGUAACCGCAAACUGCAUAUCAGUCUAACUUUCCGGCUGUGAGGUUUUGUUUUGUUUUUUUGUUUUUGUUUUUGACUUUAUUACUAUGUUUUCAAUAUCGGAUAGCUCUUAAAGAUGUCGUAAGGAGAAGGCAUUUAAGAAUCAAUGAAGAUAGGAAGAAAGUUUAUGUAAAUACGUGCUUACCACUAAAUUUUUCUAUAUUUCUGAUAAUAAUGAUAUGCCCUCUAUGUUGUUUUAGGGCUGUUUACGAAAACAACAUUAACUACCUGCCACGUGAAGUUUUUAAAGGCAUGAAAAACAUAAUGACUAUGUAAGUAACUGUUUCUAAACUAUCCUCUGAUUAACGGUAACGAGGUACUGUAAAAUUAGUAAGGGUCUCGUGAAGAUGCAAUUAUAGCAAUGUAUAGCCAUUAUCUGCGACGAGUUCGGCUCAGGUAAAUCAAAAGGCCUACUAAGUUCCAAACCAAAAACACGGACAAUCUUCUACCCCCGAGGACAGAUCAUACCUUAUGAUCAAAACCAUGUGUGAUGGACGACGAAAUAUUACGAUUGUGAAAGUGAAAACAGACUGAUUAAGAGAUCAUAUUAACUAGAAGAAGAGUGAACCACCAAAAGGCAAAUCAGACAAAACCUUGAGAGACACCAGGUCUCUUUAACCACCAAAAACAAGAUCCUGCUAAGGUAUCCCCUUCCAGAUUCAAACACUGAGUUUACAAAGACUUCUAGCGUGAAAACCUCUCGAGGGUAAGCAUGACAAUACUCAUGGGGUUACUUAAAUCGGCAUCAGCCACGCGGAUAGAAAUAGAUCUAUCAAUUGCGACUUAAAAAGAGAAUGUUUUGUUCAUUCUUGAUAACUUAACUGUCACUUUGAAGAACUUCUCAGUAAAAUGAAAAUUCGUAAAAAUACUUAUGUGACAUUAUUGUAUGGCGCACUGCCUAAUGUACGGUGAGGUUCUUUUCUCGUUGCAGAACAUUUUGAACAAAUGGAAGAUAUUGCCUUCCAUCCUUGGCUAAUUUUCUGUCCAGUGUUGUUUUAAUUUACGCUUUAAUGCUUGUCAGUUGACGCUCUACACUUUUCACUGUUUCAUCGUUCUGUAGGAGCUUUUAUUUCAACAAUAUCCGUACCGUUACCAACGAACAAUUCAAAGAUGUCGCCCCAAGUAUUCGAUUCCUGUGAGUAUAAGUAAACUGAUAAUAUUCCAGGUGUGUUCAAACUACUUUGAGUUCAAGGGAGACAGAUAUUGUUGGUGCGACCUUCACGUGCUGUAAACUCAUGGAUAAGCACCCCUCCCCCAUUUUAAUGAAUGUACAAGUGAUCAUACCACUGGCCGAAUUGUUUAAGAAGGGAAAAUGGAGUAAACGAUUUUCACAUACAUACCACCACUGAUAUACUAAGAGUACCAACUGUGCCGCUAUUAUCGAUCGGCUUUGUACAUUAAUGCACAGUUUAUACUUUUAUUUUCGCCCACAUGUUAUACUUCUUAGGACGAUCAUAUCUGGUCACAAGAAAAAGUUUGGGAAAAACUUAAGGGAGGGCCCCUCCUCAUAAAGUACCCUCUCUGUAGUGAGCGACCCAUCUUUUCAACCUAAAUUUGAAAUGAGUGCACCAGGUGCUCAUUGGAGGAUUAACAGCAUAUGAAUAUAACAAAUAAAGACACUUCGGCAUAGCCUGUGUAAGUAUGUUUUACAUACUCAAUGACGAGUUAUCCGUCUUCGGUGUUAGUUAUCUUUCAAAUAGUUGUUGAGAAUUGGGCAGGAAAAGGAACAAGAGAGAGCCGAAAAACUGAUUAAUACAUAACGGUAAUAGGACUGAGUGGAGUCCAAUUCGGUCUGUAAUCAUACGAGUGAUCAACAAAAUCAGACGACGGCGAGGUGGGAGUCCGAUUUGUUAAUCACGACUAUGAUUACACACAGAAUUAGAUAACAAGAAGUCCUGUUACUGAGUAAUCAUAGCCAUUUGAAUUUCCGAAAAAACAAAUUCACCUAAAACAAAUAUCUCCAGUAGAGACAAUGUCUUAAGUAAAAAAUUCCUCCAUUUUGAAAAUUCCCCAGUUUUUCUUUGAAUAAGUGAUUGUUGCUGUGAUUAUUUCAAUCAUUUCUGUGAUUGGUGGAUUAGCUGAGUAGGCUAAGUAUGAUUGGCUGCUUCAACUGUCCGAUUACCGGUGUCCGAUUACAGCCAACUGUCCGAUUACACUGUCUUAUUACAACUGUAUGGGAUGAUUAGUGAAAAAUGAAGCCGCGAAUGCUCCAAUAAUAUUCGAGGAAUUAGUAAUGUUUGUGAUUAAUAGGCUAAAGAUAUCGAUGUUAUCAAGAAUUAGCGAGCAAAGUUUGCCUGAAUUACUUUCCUUAAAUUUGCAGGUACUUCCAUUACAACGAAAUGCGAGAACUACCGGAGGGUUUCUUUUCAAACAUGAAGUAUCUAAUAACUGCGUAAGUCAAGUGAAAUGUUCUCCACGCGAGGAGUUUAAAACUGAAAAAUUUCAUUUGCCAGUGCCCAGUUAUACUGCACUGACUAUAUUACUAUUACACUUUCGUUUUCUUGUAAAUUUAGAUCCUGUGACGGAUCAAAUUUGUAUUUUUUCCCCUUUUAUUGUUCAUUUCAACUCUUUUUAUGAACCGUAGGACUGUAGACACCAACCUGAUGUGUUGCCAUUUGACGAAGCAGGAUGCAGAUUGCGACUUUGCUUAUGUCGACAGCUUCGCCAGUUGUGAAACUUUGUUCAGAAAUCGAGCUCCGAGGGAGUGCCUUUGGGUGGUUGGAAUUAUGUCGUUGGUUGGUGCUGUGUUUGUCAUUGUGUGGCGGUUGGUGUUUAAGGAGAAGAAGAAGAAAAACAAGAUACAGUCCAUCAUGUUGAUACAUUUGGCUGGGGCUGAUGGACUUAUGGGUGUCUACCUCAUAACUAUAGGUGUGGUGGAUGCCAUUUGGGCAGGGGAGUAUUAUUUGCAUGACUAUUACUGGCGUUCAAGUUUGACAUGUCAGAUAACAGGUGCCAUUGCCGUGUUGUCAAGUGAGGUGUCUGUUAUGACGAUUUGUUUGCUCUCCGCCGACCGGAUGAAGAAUAUUCUAUUCCCCUAUCGUGGAAAGUCCCUUACACUUAAGGUUACGCACCUUUUGUGCUUCCUUAUUUGGAUUGUUGGUGUCAUAAUUGCAUUUAUUCCUACGGUGGGCUUCGACUACUUCGGUAGUCGCCAGAAAGGUCAUCACUUUUAUGGCAGAUCAGUUGUAUGUCUGCCAUUACAGCUUUCCACUGAUAAGCCGUCGGGCUGGGAGUACUCUGUUGCCAUGUUUGUGGGUUUAAACUUUACCCUUGUGCUCUUUGUCGUUGUGGCAUACACGAUGAUAAUCCAUAAGUCCUGCGCAUCAAACAGGCGCAUGGCUCAGCAAGGGACUGAAAGAGAGAGGAGAAUGAAAGCCAAGUCAAGGGCAGCCGAUCUGAGGAGGGAGGCCUCGCUCGCCAAAAGAGUGUUCUUCAUUGUUCUUACCGACUGUGUCUGCUGGAUGCCUAUUGUGGUGAUUGGAAUGAGGUCUCUCGUGGAAAAAUCCUUCCGUACACCUGGUGACCUCGCAGUUUGGAUCGCAGUCUUUGUUCUGCCGGUUAACUCUGCCAUCAAUCCCAUUCUCUACACUUUAUCAACAGUACAGGUAGUAACUUGCAACCUUCAUAUCUUUGCUUAAACGUCUUGCUGCAGCUUGAUCAGCUGAAGUUUAAAGGAUACUUUCAUAAACAUUUUAUUCUAUCUCGUGAAGAAUAUCAAAAGAACUAAUUAAAAAGAAAAUACAUUCCAAUUUGCGAGAAAAUUUAGCGGGUUUUGAUAUUUGAAUAUUUUGCCGACUGUCCUUAAUCUGCCAAAAGAAACCAUUUCCCAUAAAAAAAAGUCUCGCCAAAAAAACGCCGCGUAAACUUAUUACGUUUACUUUAACACGUCGUUGAAGUAAUUUUUUAAAAUAAAAUUUUUUUUUGGUUUUUUCACUUGUCAUCCUUUUGAGUAGUGGAAGUUGUAGAACUCAGAGGGUGCUAUUACUAACUAACCAGUUAAAAAAUAAAGAUUAUAUAAUUCCCGUACCUUGUCCGGUCAUCUAGAACGACAACAUUUUCGCGUUGCUCGGCAUUAGGUAUACCAGCCUUAUUAUGCUACUUACUAAGAUACAAGCAGUGUUUAAAUUUUUCUAUACGUGCCUGAGAACUGCGUAACUAACGAAAAAUAAAAUUGUUUGUUUUCAAGUAAUAACACUUCCGGUGAAGUGAAAAGAUCGCACGGAAAAAAAAAGAGCCCUAACUAACAAAAACGGUUCUGUUUCUGGGUGACCUACUAAGCAUAAGUGACUAGUACUCUGACUGGUUGAAACCUUCAUAUUGAUCAUUUAAGCAUUGGACAGGACUCUCGCUCGGUUUACCGGCAGAACAUCCCACGCGCGAUGUUGGGAGAACUUAAAAAAGUUUUGAAUCACCAGCCGAGAGCGAGGGACUUUUGAACUUUGCGAGUUUCUCACAGACAUCCAAAGUUAUUACCCAACUACUUUUAAAAAUUAGAUCAAGAUUGAUCGGUUCAGAGAACCAUAGGUGUUUGACCAAUUAGUACACAUAGUAUUCCAAUUUGUUUUGUUUUGCGCUUUGUUCUUGAUGACUUGCAUUUAGGUACGACGUGUUCUGAAGGCUAAAUUCCAACAGUUAUGGAGCUAUUUGGUGGAAAAGUGUGGACGAAAUGAAAACAAUGAAGGUAAAUUUAUCGAAAAUCAUCCUCCGGAAAUAAGGACUAAGGAUUAAGGAUUAAGUACCUGUCUGAUUAAGUUUUAUUGUCACGUGAUUACCUUCUGGCUUCUGUUGCACUUCUGCAUGAUUAUCUUUUAAAGAAAAAAAAGGAAGGAAAAAAAUGACUAUCUUUGGUGAUGUUGAUUAUAUCUUCAUACAUUAUUCACCCAUCCACAAAUCACUGAUAUUUACAAUGAUGAAGAUAAAUACCACUCGAGUAUGUUUGACUAAUGUCAUUGCUGUUUUCCAAAGGCCAAGAUCAGGGCGUUGAAAUGCAAGUCAUCGAAGAAGGUAUGAAAUAUUUACUCGGCUCAAGUAAACAUGGGGGAAAGUCGCUCGAUUUCCUUAAUCGCUCGGGUAAAUCUGAAACGAAGAGAGACAGAAUGCUAUGAAGAAUGGAUGGGCAAAGCUGAAAAUAUUAAAACAUUUUUACGUAUUUUCUUGAUUAAAACGUCUAGGCGAAACUGCUUAUUUAGAUCUGAACGCCGUAAGCGUAAAAUGGGGGUUUAAAUCGAGGUUCCACCCUUUAGUUUAAGUCUCACUUUCAAGUAACUACACUUAAUUAAAGAGCACUGUUGUCAAAUUUAUACAAGAAAAUGUUCAAAGGAAAAAGAGUAAUCCCUUUAGAAUAACGAACGACAAGUUUUUACGACUGGAAAAAGUGAAAUUCGUGCCGUAUUGACCGACUACUCCUUGAAGUCGGAGAAUGAGCGAAGAAAAAUCGGCGUAAAGUGACAGGAAACUAAAUCCCGUCGAUAGCCGUCUCGACUCGUAUAAACGCCGGGGUUACCUGGUUAAAUUUAAAAUAAAUGCCGGGGAUGUUUAAUGAAGAAAAUGCGUAACAAUCGUUGUUAACUUAUUUAUUUUUCUUGAAAGAGCUGCUACCCAAGUUUUUUUUCCAAUAAAGAUUAUUGCCCUUUCGUUAGAGUUUAUGUCAAACAACAGUGCACAAGAUCAAAAAAAUGUUAUGAUAUACUCUUUGAUUUUAAAUGAUAUACUGAGAAUGGUACUAAAGGAAGUAGCACCCGUGGUACAAUCCACUUUUUGUUUUUUUAAACUUUUUUCUUUAAAGUUCAAAUCCAACAAGACGCAGAGAGUGAUGACAGCGAUGACAGCGAUGACAGCGAUGACAGUGACGACGAAUCGAGAGAUCAAAGCGAGCAUGAGCAAAACGCUGAGCAGGCCGAGCAUGAAGAGCCCGAGGAGAGAGCUGUGACUGAACAAGAAGAAAAACCAGAAGAAGACCACGAAGACCCAUCAGAGCUGAAAGACGAACCUAACAAACAAGAAGAAGAAUCAGAAAACGAGUUCAAAGAAUGCGAAGAGGAAGCGGAAGAUAACAUGGAACAUGGACCUGACAAACAAAAAGAACAACUAAAAAAGGAAUUCACAGAAUGCGAAGAGCAAGAGGAAGAUAACAUGGAAGAUGAGGCUGGGGAAGGCGACGAGUUAAUUGUGAAUAAGGGUAUGUUUAUCAAUCCUCUGCUUCUUUUAAAAAAAGAACUUUGA